UAAAUCGUGGCUUGCGCAUAUCUAACUGCCACUUUUUGUUGGAAUUGUGCCUAGUUUUUGUUUUUCUUUUAAUUCACAUAUCAUUUUCAAGUGUUUACUGCUUAAUUUAUGCACAACUGAAACUACGAAUUUUGCUGAAAACCGAAAAAUGUGCCUUUAAUAUUGAACGCAACGCCAGCUGGAGCACUUCUCACCAAUUGAAUUCGACUCAUGAAACUAAACCAAGCCACGAUGUCAACGAGGAGCAGCAGCAGGUUAAUUGCCUGCUUAUUGUUGCUACUAGCAACGACGACUCAGUCGCAAGUGCAACAAGCGCAACAACAACAAAUGCAACAGCAACUGGGACAACAGCAGUUGGGACCGCAAUCGCAGCCGCAGUUGCAGCAGCCGCAGCCCUAUCAGCCCAGCUACAACAAAGAUUAUGUGCCACGCUAUAACCCACUCUACACGGGCCAGCAACAAAAUCCGGAAACAACGCAAUACGAGAAUCCCCUGCUGGACUUUAACAAUCAGCCAAACAAUCAGAAUAACUACAACAACUAUAAUAAUUUUGAUAACAAUCGCCAGUUGGGCGGCGGAAGCGGUGUUAAAAUUGGUGGACCAGGAAGUAUUGGAAAUGUGGGUCCCCAGUACGAUCCCUUCAAUCGGAAUACGGUGACCAGUAGUAAUGCUGGCUUGGGUGGUUAUCGCGACAUCUUCACCGAUGAGAAUAACUUUUGUCCAGAACAUUGGAUCUCAUAUCGUCAGACUUGCUAUCGUUUUAUACGCUCCCCAAAGCGAAAUUGGGCGGAGGCUAAGAAGAUAUGCAAAGCAUACACAUCGGAUCUGAUCAAUGUGGAUAAUGUGGACAAGCAUGCCUUCAUUCUGACCAAUCUCAUUUUGCAGAAUCAGCGACAGAAUCGUUUCUUUAUCUCUGCCAGACAGACGGGUCCACAGAACUGGGUGAAUGAUGAUAGUACGCAGCUGGUGCAAAUUGAGGAUUCGUUCGCCUUCGAUGAGCAGCAGGCUCUGGAGAAUGAGGAUCUCAAUGAUAAUCGUUUCCUUGUGCAAAACGAUCCCAAUAAUCCCAACUAUAAUCGUAACUUCAAUAAUCCCAAUCAAUACUAUAAUUCGCAGACGAGCCCCAAUAAUCUCAAUCAGCGCAAUCAAAACAAUUUGCGUGGCUACUUUGGUCCCAAUCAGCCGUAUGGCGACAAUGGCUAUAAUCGGGAUCGUGUGGUUUAUGCAUACUCCAAGAAGCGUGAUCGCUGGAUGUUUAUGCCUGCCUACGAAAUUGAAUUGAAUCUGUUUAUAUGCGAAUCCAAGGCACUCUACAAUCCCGACAACGUGAACAUUAAGCUCGAUGACAAGCGACCCUACACAUAUGGCCUCGAUAUACGUGAUCUGGAGCGGAUACCACGUGGUCCGUACUUUGUCAAGCAACCGAAUGACACCACCUACGAUGUGAACAAGAAUCGUCUGAUCAACGAUGUCUCAUUGAGCUGUUUGGCUGGUGGCUAUCCAACGCCCACCUACGAAUGGUAUCGCGAGGUCUACUUGAAUGAUACGCUCGAAUAUAUCAAAAUUGAACCGUUGAUCGUCGAUCGCUAUACCAUCUCCGGUGGCAAUCUGAUUAUCUAUGAGCCCAAGCAGGCCCUCGAUCAGGGCGCCUAUCAUUGCGUUGCGGAGAAUAAAUAUGGACGUGUUCGUUCGGAGAGUGCCCAUCUAAAUUUCGGUUUCAUUAUGGAGUUCAAUUUGAAGCGUUCGGCGGAGACGAGCGAAAUGAAUUGGGGCAAGUCAAUUUUUUGUGAUCCGCCGCAACAUUAUCCGGCCAUUAAAUACUAUUGGGCUCGUGACUAUUUUCCCAAUUUCGUCGAAGAGGAUCAACGCGUGUUCGUCUCACACGAUGGCGCCCUGUACUUCUCCUUCAUCGAGACCGUGGAUCGUGCCAACUAUUCGUGUACGGUUCAAACUCUCGUCUCGGAUACGGGACGCAAUGGACCGUUUUUCCCGCUGCGCGUUACUCCAAAUAGCAAUUAUCAAUCGCUGAUCUUUGCCAACACCUUCCCGAAGGUCUUUCCCGAGGCGGCAGUUGCCGGCGAUGAGAUUCGUUUGGAGUGCAUGGCCUUUGGGUAUCCCAUACCCUCGUAUAAUUGGACACGUCAGGGUCAGCCGUUGCAGCGCAAUGCGUACACGACCAGUUAUGGCCGUGUGCUGAUCAUCAAGAAUGCCACGACCAAUGAUAAUGGCCAGUAUACGUGUAGUAUUACGAAUCCCCGGAAGACGCUCGAGAAAUCCAUUUAUAUCAAUAUACAAAUGAGACCGGAAUUCACGAUACCGUUGAAGGAUAUGAUUAAGGACUAUAAUAGCGAUGUCACCUUCAUUUGUGAGGCCUUCUCCAUUCCGGAUGCGAAUUAUACGUGGUAUAAGAAUGCCGAGCGUCUCGAUCCGUUGACCAUCAAUCGGGAUCGCUAUGUCAUCCAGGAUAAUGUGCUAACCAUUAAGUUCCUGGAGAGGGAGAAGGAUGAGGGCAUGUAUCAGUGCGGUGCACAGAAUCAGCUCAAGACAUCCUUCUCGUCGGCCCAGUUGCGUGUGCUCUCCAUGAAGCCAUCGUUCAAGAAACAUCCACUCGAAUCCGAAAUCUAUGCCGUCUACAAUGGCAACACGACCAUUGUCUGCAAUCCGGAGGCAGCACCUCGUCCCAAAUUCCAAUGGAAAAAGGAUGGGCAAUUGUUGGGCUCGGGUGGACAUCGUCGAAUUUUGCCCAGCGGCACGCUCAUCAUCUCGCCUACAUCUCGCGAUGAUGAGGGCAUGUACUCGUGCAUUGCCUCCAAUCAGGCCGGCCAGGAUGAAUCCCAUGCUCGCGUCAUUGUGCUGCAGGAAAUUCGUUUUGUGCAGACGCCGCCACAGCGCAUCGUUUCCCGGGAACAUGAUCUUAUCUAUCUGCACUGCGAGGCUGCCUACGAUGAGCUGCUGGACAUUGCCUACGUUUGGAAGCACAACGGCGAGAUUCUGCGCAACGAUCACGACGGCACUCAGCGUAUUAUUGUGGAUUGGAACAGUUUGACGGUGCACAACACAACAAUGCGUGAUGCUGGCGAUUACGAAUGCGUUGUUCAGUCCGCUGUGAAUGAGAUAACCACGAAGACGAAUGUGGUUAUUGAGGGUGCACCGGGUGCUCCUGGUGGCGUCCAAGUGAUCGAAAUUGGCAAGACGAAGGCCAUCAUUGAGUGGGUCGAUGGUGUCAACAAUGGUCGUCAAAUACGCUACUACAAUAUACUAGGACGCACCAAUUGGAAUCGCACCUGGGUGAAUGUGUCCACGCAUGUGCAGGCACGUGAAGUGGAUCGUUAUACAUCGCGACAGCAGGCGGAGGUGACCAAUCUAACGCCGUGGUCCUCCUACGAGUUCAGCGUGACGGCUGUCAAUGAUUUGGGCAUUGGCACCCCAUCGACACCGUCGCCCAUUUACAGCACCUACGAUGAUAAGCCAUAUAUUGCACCACGGAAGGUGGGUGGUGGUGGUGGCAAAAUCGGUGAUUUGACAAUCACUUGGGAGCCACUGUUGCCGCAGGAGCAGCAUAGUCAUGGCAUACACUACAAGGUAUUCUGGAAGCUCAAAGGUGCCCUCGAGUGGGCAACGGAUGUCAUCAAGAAGCAAGAAAAUGUGGGUGUGGCAGUCGUCAAUAUACCCCUGAAUAACUACUACACGGAGUAUGAGGUUAAAGUGCAGGCCAUCAAUAGCAUUGGCAAGGGACCGGAGAGCGAAACGAUUGUUAUACACUCGGCGGAGGAUAUGCCACAAGUGGCGCCACAAAGACCAUUCGCCCUGGCCUACAAUUCCACCUGCUUCAAUGUGUCCUGGAGUCCCAUCGACAUGUCGCGCGAGAAUAUUCGUGGCAAACUCAUUGGACAUAGGUUAAAGUACUGGAAGACCGAGCAUCAGGAGGAGGACUCCGUUUACUAUCUGUCACGUACGACACGCCCCUGGGCGUUGAUUGUGGGUCUGCAGCCGGAUACGUAUUACUUUGUGAAGGUUAUGGCUUACAAUGCGGCUGGCGAGGGACCCGAAAGCGAACGUUUUGAAGAGCGCACAUAUCGCAAGGCGCCGCAGAAGCCGCCAUCAUCGGUGCAUGUCUAUGGCAUAAAUCCGUCCACGGUGCGCGUUGUGUGGCGAUAUGUUUCGCCAGCGCAGGAUGAGGAGCCCAUUGAAGGCUAUAAGGUGCGCAUUUGGGAGACCGAUCAGAAUAUGAUAACAGCCAACAAUACGAUAGUGCCUAUUGGACAGAAACUGGAGUCGUUUAUCAAUACACUGACGCCCGGCAAGAGCUACAAUAUGCGUGUCCUGGCCUACAGUAAUGGCGGCGAUGGACGCAUGUCCAGUCCAACGCUACGCUUCCAAAUGGGCAAAACGACAAGAAAUGCGGCAAAUACGCGACACGCCCACAACAUCAAUACGGCGCUGAUAAUGAGCGUCUUGUUGUUUAUCACCACAUUUUUGUAUAACAACAAUAACAACGCCAACAACAACUAGAGGGAAUAGCAGUCCAUAAUUUCAGCUAUUAAUUAGGCAAUAAGUAAAUCGAAAAGAAACAAACAAACAAACCGUCCGGGUUAGUUUGCAGAGCGCACAGCUUUACAAACACAACACAAAACACACAAACUUAAGUCUCGUUUAGAUUUUAAUCAGCAACACAUUCCGUCUUUACUCAAGUAAUCUCAGCGAAUUGAACAUAUAUGCAAAACAAAAACAUAAGCAAGUGACCUUAUAUAUAUAUACAUAUAUAUUAUAUACAGAUAAGUAGUAGUGCAUAUUAAUUGACAACAACAACACACACAAAAACUUUAUAUGUAUAUUUGAUUAUAUAUGUUUUUUCUAUUGGAUUUACCAACGAACGAUUGUAUAAUUGUAGCAUAAGCGUAAUGUCUAUCCAUGUAACGCCAUUAUCAGUUUUUGGUUUCGUCCCAAUUUUGUAUUAUGUAUUUAAUAUUAUUGCGUCCAUUAUACAAAACAUUUAUCAGCUAUAAUAAUAAUAAAACCAAAUUUGAAAUAUUUUUAGUUCAAA